AUGCAACCCCACAGCGGAAGGCCGACGGGACUUCCACUUACGCCAACCGAGGAAAUUUCUGACAUUGAAAGCCCACCGAAAGAAAUUGCGGGGCAUUUCCCCGAACCGCGGAGGAGAAGAUCCCAUCGGGAAAGCGGGCCAACCGUGAGCAGGAAGCGCUCGACAUCGGCUAGGAUCCAGGACCUCGACGCUGAAGGAACCAGGGACCUUGAGAAACCCCCUUCCAAGUGGGAAAUGGAGUUAUUGAAGUUGCUUCCACAGAUGACGGACGAAAGCCGAACCAACUCCCAGAAAGAGGGCUCUAAUCGGAGGGGAAUCGCGGCGACCGACGAUGGAACCAACACGCGUGCCUUCCUUUUCCUGGUAGAAGGGGAAUUCAGAGAACUGCAGAUACCAGAAGAUCAGUGGGGACUCGAAUUAAGGAAAUACUUGACGGGCAAGGCCAUGGUGCAUUGGGAACUCAUGCAACGCUCGGGGACGGAAUUAUCUGAUUGGCAACUCGUACGAGAGAGACUAUGCGCAAGGUUCUGCACCAUGUCGCCCGAUAGGAUGCUGGAGCGAAUGACAUGGAAUACAUGGCGGGGUGACCAUAACGAGUACAUCGCGCGAUUUGCCGAAAUAGUUGCACAAGGAGAGACUUUAGCGGCUGAGGAUCUGGUGCUGUGCUUCCUUACGAACAUACCAAUGGACAUAUGCAACAAACUGAAUCGAGAGGGGACCAGGGUCUUCCACGACUGGCAAGAGGCAGCCACAGCCCUGAGUGAACGGGAUGCGCCGUUCGAGGCCUGGCGCGCGAAGAGGCUGCGUUACGAGCAGGAGUUCGCAAACGCGAAGCGUUGA